AUGACCGACUUUGAUGAAAUCAAGGACCGGGAUCCUUAUACCUUUAUUCCGGCUGAUGAAUUCUUCAAUCACUUCGACAACGACUUGUUCGAUUCAUGUAUUAGACAGCCUGAGAGAGCUUCAUUUGAUGAAGCUGACCAGCCAAAAAUACAGAUCAACGGCGAAGCGAGAAAUGUGUUUCAGAAGGGCAAAAUCUUUCGGCUCCACGAACAAUUGGAGGGUGAACCAGAUGAAGAGUCUCUGCUAUUGAUAGAGUUUAUACGACCUCAGGUCUGGAGAAUUCGCUUCAACCCGGUAAAUGCAAGUAGAUGCAGCUUUAAAGAUGAAAACAGCCGUGCUAUUGCAUGCCCUAGCAUGUCUGAACUUAUUACGAAAUUGGAUGACUUUGAAGGGCUUGAUUGGAGAGUCGAGCUCAUAUCCAAUGUUCCGUCAUAUUACAUCCUGCAAUCUGUGAAAGCUGGUGCUGAGAAGCCCGAGGUUCAGCUUUGGAUUCAGAAAAGUCCCUUUCAGAUUACUGCUAUCAGGCCUGUUAAAAACAGCCGCAUCGUCGAAAAGUUCGCCAUGCCUAGUACCAUUGACGAGGCUCUUCGGCCGCAGGUUGACUUACAGCCAAUUCAAGGAGUUGAAAAGGCCGUCAUCUGGAAGACCAAGCCUAAGCCGCUCAAGUACAUUUCCCGGGGUAGUGCGGCUGUCCUGUCUGUAGAAGCACCUGCUACAGCACAUUAUAUGGGAUUUGGCGAACAAGGAGGGCGAAAUUUGUUCAAAUCCAAUACAUACAUGAAUUACUUCAAUUUUGACAACAUGAAGUAUCAAAACGUUUACGGCAAUGGUCCUCUGGAUGAGCGAGAGCCGCUCUACCAUACAGAGCCUUUCUGGAUGGAAGUUGCUAGCCACAUUGGAUUCCAAUCUGUUCUUGCGACAAUGAUUGACAACUACUCUCAUACCUGCCUUGACGUACGAAAAACGGAUCAAAGAACGAUCCGCAUUGCCACAAGAUUCAACGAGUUCAAUUGCAUGAUUGUAGCUGCAGACAGAGUAUCUGAGCUUCUCAACGUAUACACAUCAAUCGUUGGUAAGCCGAGCCUCAAACCGCGAUACGUUCUGGGGUAUCACCAAGGAUGCUAUGGGUAUGACACCAAAGAGGCGGUUCUGCAAUGUGCUCAGAAGUAUCGCGAUGCUCAGUUCCCGCUUGAUGCAAUCCAUAUAGACGUGGAUAUUCAGAGGGAACACAAAACUUUCACUAUUGACGACAGACCCGGGCAUUUCCCCCAGCCUAAGGAGAUGUUUGAUACACUUAGACAGCAAGGUGUGAAGUGCUGUACAAACAUCACGCCUCACAUUAAUUCUGCCAAAGACCCUGAGUAUACGACCCUCAACGAGCUCUUGGAAAACAAUUACUAUGUUGAAGACAGGCGAGAUCUUGCGAGGUCAGAUUUACGUCCAUGGCAAGACCGGUAUCAUUACUGGGACUAUGGCAGGCGCGUCGUGACAAAUCCAUCCGAAACGAGACCCGACUACAGAAUACCCGAUGAGACCGAUUUGUCCGUGACUUAUAACGCUGGAAAGCCGUUCCGUGGCGGAGUCUACUACGGAUGGGGAAACGGUGCUCCGGGAUAUUACCCGAAUCUGAACAACCACGAAGUCAGAGAAUGGUGGGGGAAGCAGUUCAAAUAUCUUUUUGAAUGCGGUGUCGAAUUCAUCUGGCAGGACAUGACAUCUCCCUGCAUUGCCCCCGAGUAUGGAGACAUGAAAUCAUUCCCCUUCCGACUUCUUCUGGACAGUGAUACCCGACUCAAUGAGUCUUACGAAGAAGUUGCAGUGAAAAGAAAGGCAAUUGAGAUAUGGGCGCUCUACAGUUAUAACCUAUACGAGGCCACCUUUAACGGUCUACAAAAUCUCCAUCUCAGCGGAACAUUGGCAGAAAACAAUACUUCAUUAACAAAGACCAACCAAGAAUCAACAGCGGGCAAUGAGUUGGCAUGGAGAAAAGGUCGACGAAACUUCAUCAUUGGAAGAGGCAGUUAUAUCGGAAGCCAUAAAUUCGCUGGUCUGUGGACAGGAGACAACGCUUCCACUUGGGACUUCCUCUCGACCUCUGUUGUGCAGGUCUUGGGCCUUGGACUCUCUGGUAAUGCAAUUUCGGGACAGGAUGUCGGCGGCUUUGAAUUCAUCGAGCCAGAUCAUAAUUGGGCAAAUCCAGAACUUUUGAUCCGGUGGUAUGGCGCCUACUCUUUGUUGCCCUGGUUUCGCAAUCAUUAUACAAAGUAUCGGACCUUCCUUGAUGGUCCCCACGAAGGCGAAAUGAGAAAAGAUGGAAAGCAGUUCCAGGAGCCGUAUGCCUACGACCAACAUUACCGAGACAACAUGCACCAUUUCCACGAUCCAAGAGAGGCCUUUCUAUUUCGUGCCGUGCUCCCUGUGUGCAGAUACUACGUUCGGCUUCGUUACAGUCUAAUGCAGUUGUUGUACGACGCCAUGUUUGAAAAUGCUAUUACAGGGAUGCCAGUUGCGAGAUCUAUGAUUAUUACCGAUGACCAAGACGCAACUUUAUUCUUUGAGAAUAAGUGGUUUACAAACGAUCAGUACCUGGUCGGAAAUGAUAUCCUCGUGGCACCACCUCUACGCGCCGAAGCAUUCUUUGACCGCCAUGAAGUCUACCUACCAUACCCCGAUGAAUGGUUCCCCAUAAACCUUUACCCCGAUGAGCCUUUGGGCACAGCUUUAAACCCAGCUAUUGGCGGUGGAAGCCGUAUCUUCUGCAAAUGCAACAUUAGCCUCGAAGACGACCAUAUUCCCAGAAUCACUCCCAUGUACAUUCGCGAAGGCGCCAUCAUUCCCAAGAUAGAGACGAGGAUGAGCACGCCUGACUGGUAUCCGAAUGGGUAUCCAGGUGCAGAAUCACAGAUGAAAGCGCCAGAGGCAAACCCGAUUACCUUCCAUGUGUAUCCGGGUAAAGAUAACACUUAUACAAUGUACAUUGAUGAUGGCAUAUCAACCGAUAGCGAGCCGUUGUCCAAAAUCCCAAACUUAACAAACGACCUCAAACCUGAUGCGGACAAGUACUGCGAAGUACGCAUCAAACAGGUUACUAUGAUUAAUACAGAAGAAAAAUGCACGCGAGUGCUCACAAUCGAAGCCAUACAAAACGGCUACGAGAAAUACAAACAAAUUGUUGGCGGCGAAUACAAGGUGGUUUUCUGGCAUAAAGAGUCAGCGUACAGUAAUGAUAUUGUUGUGGGGGGCUCGCUUGGGCCUAUUUCAGUGCAGCAUUUGGAGCGCAUUCGGGCAACGGUUGUGAAAUUUGCAACUGAUGUUGUUCAUGUGAAGGGUGGGAUUACGAUUACGCUUAUUUACGAUAAUUAG